AUGAGUUGUACUUCUGCAUAUGAUUGUUAAGAAUGCUACUCAAUCUAUGAAUUGGACAAAUCUAGCCAAAUUUGUGCUUGCAAAGUUUCUAACAUUAUAGAUGACUGCGAAAAACCUAAAUAAGGUUAUCUGUUAUAGUAUUCAAGGUAUAUGAGUGAUUACAGGUCAAUAGAGGUAGUAUUUAAUCAAAUGAUCAACAUAAUUGGUGAAAAAUUAAUAGACUAAUUUGAUGCUUAAAGUUCUACUAAUUCUAAAUUGAGUGUGAAGUUAGAUUAAAAAUAAUUCUUUAGUAACCCAAUAAUAGAUUUAAAUAAGAUAUCUAUUUAAAUAAAGUAAAAUUAAAUAGUUGACAAAUAAAUCUUUAAUUUAGAAGAAUAAUAAUAAAAUUAUCUCACCGAAUUAGAAUAUUUUGAUUUGAACUAUGAAAAAAUGAUAUCAAACAUAAAAUUGAGUAUCACAAGUCCCUAGUAAUAGACAGGAAAAUUGGAUAUUUAAGGCUAAGAUAUUUAUUACACAGACAUAUCAACCUAGGAUUACGAAGGACCAAUUACUAUUAGGUUAGAGUGCUCCUUAUUUAAUAUUAAAACUGUUGAUACAAUUACAGUGUAUAUUUCAUUUCUGUAGAAUUUUUCAUAGUACGUUUACUCUUCUACACUGGAUAAGUAAUAAAACUCAUUGAUAGGAAGUUUAGACAAUAAAAUUUAAUAAAAAACAUCUUUCUUUUAGAAUACACACUAUUGGAUAAGAAUAUAAACUAUUCCUCAAAUUAUGGAAACCUAAAUGAUUCCAAUAAGCGAUAAGGACAGAUUACAGAUUACUACAAUACCAGCUUAUUCUGCUAAAUAUACACAAGUCAUUUUUGUAAUCUAAGAGGUAAUAAAUUCAUAAGGAUUUGCUAUUUCUAGGUCGAAUCUUGUGUAUCUCAACUAUAAUAUUUAGUACAUUCCGAAUAUUGAGAAACAAAUGAAUAAUGUAAACCCAUAAAAUGAAUUUUGGAUAGAAGUGGACAUAACUUAGUUUUAAAUUGCUGAAUCUAAAAGUAUUGAUCCCUAAUAUACUUCUCAGUCUUGGAUUUGUAGUGAUGAAAAUAAUCAGCCAUGCAUAAAUAUACACUAAUAACCUCUAUAUAUAGAUCAAUAAGGGAACAAAAUGAAACUAAACAAAAAUCAAUUGCUGUUAAACACUGAUUAUUUCUUUUUUUACUAGUUUGAAAGUAAAAAAUACUAAUUUAGCUAUCAAUUUUAGAAGUUUUCAGUAAACACGGGUUAAACUUAUGCCUAUGCAACUAUUUAAGGUUAAUAGGGAGAUAUUAUUAACAUUCAAGAUUUUAUCAACAUAAUUAUUUACAUUCACACAGAUUUUCCUUAUCAAAUAGAAUAAGCUCUUUACAAACUAACACUAAUUUAGAAUGGCUUAGAAAAAACUCUAACUUCAGUUACCAAUUAAUUCUCGUUUUAAAUUUAAGACUAUUUUCCUAAUCCAGAUUUCUCUUAAAAUCCAACGACAUUAAGCAUAAGCUACUCAGUUUAUGAUUAUCUCUUCUAAUAAACCAUAUUCAUUUAAGAUCUAUCUAAAUAAUUCAUUCUAAAGAUUUCCCCACCUGAUUUGAUCAACAUAAAGAUACAAAAUUAAAUGUACGUUGCAUUUAAAGAUAUGGUUUAAAUUGAGUGCCUAGCUAUUAAUUCUAAGAUAAUCUAAUUUUUCUACUACAAUAGUGCUGAGGAUAGAGAAUUUGAAUUGUAAAACCCUUAUCAGACAACUAGAAAGCUACUUAGUUUGGACUAAAUCGACUAUCAUGUUAAAACAUAUCUUCCAAGCGGAGAUAUAGUAAUUAUGGCUUUAGGAUUUGAUGAACAAAAAAACCAAUACACAAAUGUUACAUAUGCGUUAAAUGUUAAUGAUAAUCACUUCAGCUAAUAAUAAUAUGUUUAGUUCAUUGAAGAAUAAUAUAAUUUAGCUCUAUCAUAUCAAUAAUUAGCUCAAUUCAAGGAAGAAAUUUUACUUUAUUAAAAUAUAAUUGAAACUAUUGAAUAAUUUGAGAAAAGAGAUCAAAUUUUAAAUUAGGUACUUGCUUAAAUUAAAUAAAAUAUUCUAGAAAGGCUUUCGAAAAGUGUUUGGUAAUAUAAAAUAGAUUAAAUCUUUAAUCUUUCUGGUGAAAUCACUUUAAGAAUAAUUAGAACUUAAAUUUAAUUAGACUCUAACCUAUUUAAUCUGAUUUUGAGUUAAACAGAAAAUAGAAUAUAGUAGCUUUACUCUUCAGUUUAGAAUUUACAAUCUUAGAUAAAUACAAAAAUAAGAUUUUAAUAUUAAGAAAGUUUUAGAAUUACUAUUUAGACUUACAUGGAAUUAGUCAAAAUUAGUGGAAACUCAUACUUAAUUAAUGAAGAAAGAAUUACCUAAAAUACCUUCAGUGCCAUUUAUGGUAUGUCUUUGCUAUUGCAUACUAAUUAGUCUCCAGUGAAUCUUUUAACGUCAACCGCUUUAAUAUAAGCUGAAAAAUUUGACGAUGUAUUAUUCAUGAGUAAUUAUUAAUGGCAAUCAACUAUUAAUUAAGAUUCAUUCUUAAAUUUAAACUAGUUUUAUGUCUUAACUUAAUGUUGGCCUAAUAAUACAUUUUUGUAUAGAGAUGAGUUAAAAUAAUUUAACAAAAAGUAUUUAGCCUAUGCAGAUGAAUCAACUUUGCCUUUGCUUUUAAUCACUUAUACUGUUAAAAUUCCAAAAGUGAUAAAAUCUAAACGUCCAAUCAAUUAAGAUAAAAAAGGAAGGUUUUUGGAGGAAACUAAUUCUUUUGACCAACCUAAUAAUUUUAUCAUUAGCUUCACAAAUGUAACUUAAAAUUAAUAACUUCAAUGCAUAUAGCGUAAUAGUCAAGGAAAAUGGGUGAACAGUAGUUGUAAAACAAGUGUUGUUAUGAAAAACAAUCAGUGGCAAAUAUAAUGCAUAUGUUAAACUCCUGAUGUUACCUCAAUAAUAGCCGAUGCUGAAGCCUUGCUAUAAAAUGAUAAUUUGUCUGAAAUAUUUAGCUAAAGUGGGUUAAGUGGCCUUUCUAAAUUAAAAAAUUGGUAUAAGUAUGUUGUAAUAUGGACAAUAAUUCUCUUAAAUAUUUUUUAUAUAUGUCUUGCUUGUAUAGCUAAAAAAUUUGAUAAAAGAGACCGUGUCAAAUUAUCUAAUCUUCAAUAAUAAACAGAAGAUCAAUAAAAAUUAUUUUAUCAGGAUGCCAAAAAAAAAUAAAAAAUUUUCAUUUUUAUUAAAGCAAGGAAAAGUACUUUGUUACAACUGUAAAAUUGCUAGGAAAAAGAGAAUAAUUUAAAAGAAAAGUAACUCUUAUAAUAACCAAAUAUAAACAGUGAUUUUAAACAAUAAGAAAUAGAUGAAGCUAAAAGCUUUUAAAUCUAAGAUAAAAGGAUCAUAUCUAUUUAAUCAUUAAGGUAUAUUGAAAAUAACCAAAUGAUAUCAAAUAAUAAUAUAGGCUCAAAACGAUAUAAUGAUUAAUUGUGCACCGAAAAAUAGACUCUUGCAUCACUAAAUAAUUAGAAUGAUUCAUAUUUUAAAUAAAAUUAAAACCAUUUCGCAAUCAAAGAAGAAGAAUAAAUUAAAAAUAAAAUCGAAAUCCACCAACCAGGAGAAGAAAAAUAAAGCUUAUAAGAAUCAUUAAAAUUAAAAGUUCUAAAUGAGCUUAAUGAUUAGUAAAUUGAGUAAAAAAAUAAAGAAAAUACAGAAAUUAACUAAAAUUUUUAAUUAUAAUAUCAUUUAAAAGAUGUUUAAUAAUCACCUAAGAAUAAGACAUAGCAUUACUUGGAUAAUGUAAGCUUUAACUCAUCUAAAAAAAAGGAAGAUUAGUAAUAAUAAAAUAGAUUAAAUUAAAAAUCAUAAUAAAGUAAAAAGGAAAUUAAAAUUAAUCAUAAAAAAAUUAGAGAAUAAGAAAAAAAAGAACUCAAAAAAAUUAAAUACGAAAUGGCAAAGUAAAAGCUUGUUGAAUACCUAGAUUAAGAGAAAACAAUUUUUGGAAUUCUUUCAUUCCAUUAAUUUUUUUCAAUUUUCUUUAUUUACUAAUAAAAUCAAUCAAGAGUUCUAAGGUCCUCAAUAUUUUAUAACAAAAUGGUUUGGCUUUUGACCCUUAAUUCUAUUUUUGGAAGAGACCUAAGUUUUGCUUAAAUAUUUAUUUUAAGCAUCAUUUCUUCAAUAGUUCUCUGGAUAGUUACUAACAUCAUCUCAAUAUUUUUAAAGUUUAAAAAGCUUUUUAAAAUUGGAAUCUUUUUUGUAUUUGUUUUCUGUCUCUUUUGCUAUUACUGCAUACUAGUUGCAAUUUCAAGAAGUACUAUUUAUUAAUCAAAUAUAUGGGUUAUCAGCUAUUUUGCUAUGCUGGUUCUGAAUGAAUUUGUAUUUGGAAUACUCAAAUAGAUCAAAGCAGAACAUAUAGAUUAAUAUGUCUCUUAGAAUUUAUACAAUAGAAAUUUAUAAAGCUGUUAGAAAAACUGCGCUGUUUGCAAUUUCGAUGGAUUUUGUUUGAAAUGUAAUGAUCUUAGAGUAUUUCCUAAUUGCGACUGCUAAAUUGGAUACUAUGAAAAUUCAGGAACGUGCUUACCAUGCAAAAGUGGUUGUAUGAGUUGUACAUCAGCUAGUACAUGCUCUUAAUGCUAUUCAAUUUAUACAAUUGACUCUUCCACUUAAAAUUGUAAUUGUAACAUGCCAAGCAUUGGAGGAACAUGUGAACUACCGAACCAAGGAACUUUGCUUUAUCAGGCAAGGUUACUAGAUGAUUUAAGUUCAAUUUAAGUUAUUUUUAACUAAAUGAUUUAAAUACUGGGACUCGCAUCUUAAAGUAGCUAAUUUACUCCAUCACCAAAUAAUUGCAUAAUCUUUGAUACCACAACUUUAUCAAACUAUGGUUGUAACAAUAUAAAUAAUUGUUAAUGUUUUGUAGAUUCUCUAAAUCGAAAUAAGGUGGUCAUCAACUUUAUCCUUCUUCAAUCUCCUUCAUUUACAAAUCCCUCUUUGUUUUUUAUAAAUCCUGUCAUUGAUAUUACAAAGAUCUAAAUUCUAAUAAAUUAAAAUGCUGUCUCAGUGCAAAACAUCUACAACUUAGAAAGUUAAAUUGGAGUACAAAUAAACUAAAGAAUAAAGCUUGGCUAUUUUGCCUAAACAAACUACAUCUAUCAAUAUUCCGCAGAUCCUAAUAACCCUUUAGCAUAUGUUCUAUUUUCCGACUAAAGAUUUGCAAUAUUUUCUGUUUUGACUUGCACAGUUAAAAUAAAUAGUCCUCCUUAAUACACAAGUAUUUCACUCUAAAUUGAUACUUCAUAAUAAAACUAUUAUAGAAUUUUGUUUAGCUCUGAUCCUCAAAUAAAUGAUACAAUUAUUGUAGCUUUAACUUGCCAAUAUUUAAAUAUUCAAAAUACUGACAUUGCAACAAUUUAAAUUUCUACUACUAAAUAAAGUACAGUGAAUUACAUAUAGCCUUAGUUAUAAGCAAAUGGUAAUCAAAUGCAAAGUGCCUUAGAUUCUAUAAUAGGAAUAAUUUUUAAUAACUUUUAGUAAAGUAGCUUUUAAUUAAUUUCUACAUUCUACCCUCCAAUUAUACCUCAACAAGUAGUUUGGUUGGAUCCAUCAAUCAAUUAUAGCAACAAUUAAAAUGCAUACUCAGUAAAUAUACCCGCUUUUUCUGCCAAAAUAGUAGAGACCAUCUUUUGCAUAUUUAAGGUUUUAGAUAACUAAAACAAUCUGUUAGCUGUAGCUUAUAUACAAUAUCAAAACAUGGCUUAUUAAACAAUAUAAGACCCAAAGUUAGUUUUGGAUAAAUAAACACCAUUGACAGAUUUUUGGAUAACAGUAGAUACAUCCUAAUUUAGUCUUUCAUAAUCUAAAACUAUUGACCCAAAUUAUCAGCAAUAAUCUUGGUUUUGUGUGGAUUAAGACAAUAAACCUUGUUAGGAUAUUUAUGGAAAUAAACUAAAAAUAAUUGAUUAUGGUAAUUAAAUGAAAGUUCCUAAAAAUUCUAUAUAAAUUAAUAAGAAAUAUAUAUUUUACUACUUAUUAUAAAGCAUCUAAUACCCAUAGUAUAGUAAGUAAUAUCAAACAUUCACUGUAGGAACUGGAGUAGCAUAUUCUAUGAUGGCUUAAACUGUUUUUAAAGUGAAUAUUUAUGACGUUAUUUACAAUAAAAUUCUUGUUCACACUGAUUUUUCCUAUCAAAUCGGAAAAGCACAAUAUUCUAUUUAAAUAUCAAAUAGCUAGAAUUAAAAAGUUAAUGUAGUUUCUAUUUCUAAUCAAAUAUGCUUUGUUACAGAAGACUAUUUUCCUCUUUUAGAUUUUACUAACUCUCCAACACUUAUUUUUCUUACUUUUUCUGUAUUUGAUUACUAUUUUAACACACUUAUUCCUAUGCAAGACCCUACUUAGCCUAUUUAGAUUGAAAUUUAACCACCUGCUCCAUUAAAUAUCUAAAUAUAGCAGUAAGCCUAUAACGCUUUUACAGAUUUAAUAACUAUUACAUGUAAUCCAGCAGACAAUACUUAAUAUUAUCAGUUCUUUUACUAUAACAGCUAAAAUGAGAGAGAUUUAGAGAUUAAAUUUCCUUAUUAACCAAGAAGGAAAAUGAUUUCUAUUAUGCAAUUAAGUCAAUAAGUUCAAACGCUUCUACCUCCAGGUAACAUAGUAAUCAUGGCGAUGGCAUUUAAUCCUUCUAAUUAUUUAUAUACAAAUGUUACUUAAAAUGUAUUUGUUAGUAACGUCGAUUUCAAUUAAGGAGCAUACGUUAACUUUAUCUAAACAUAAUACUCAAAAGCUUAAUAAUUCUAGGGUAACAAUUAAAAUGUGAAUGAGCUGUAAGUUUAUUCAAUAAUAAUUGAAGCAAUUGAAAGGUACGAGCAAAAUAAUAUUUCUCCUCUGUCUGUUGAACAAAUAAAGUCUAAUAUUUUAAUAAGAUUAACUAAUGCGAUUUGGUAUUAACAGCUUGAUGAUGUUUUCAAUUUAUCUGGAUAAAUAACUUACAGGAUGAUUUCUACUUAGUGGUAAUAUUCAGCUCAGUCAUUCAAACAAAUUUAAAUAGCUACAGAAACAAGAAUAUAAACUCUCUACAAUUGGAUUCAGCAACAAUACUCUUCUCUUUCAUAUUCUUAGUAAUUAGCUUAUAAAUUAUGCUUUAUAUCCAGUAUGCAGACAUAUAUGUAGCUAAUUAACCUUAAUGCUUAUUCAGAUGUGAUAUUAGACACUAAUAUUGUUUAAUACACAAUUGAGAUAAUGAGUGGAUUAUCUUAUUUAUUAAAAGUAAAUUAGUCUCCUAUUAAUUUAUAAUCAGACUAAGCUAGUCUUUUAAUAGAAAGAUAUGAUAUCAUUCUGUUUAUGGAUAAGUACUACUAGCAAUUUAUUUCUGAUCCAACUCCUAUUUAGGUUGCUUAGAGUUUCUAUGUUUUAACGCAGACUUGGGGCAAUAACACAUUUUUAUACAGACAAGAAAUUAAUUAGCUAAAUUAACAAUAUUAAAGUAAGGCUAAUUCUACAACUUAGGCUUUACUUAAUAUAACAUAUCCAAUAAAAAUACCAACUGUUUUUACAGAUUAGGCACAAACAAAUUUUUAGUCUAGAAGAGAUAGAGUACUAUAAACAAAUGCUGCAUCUCUACCAAAUAAUUUUAUACUAGAUUUUGGAACAGUAAAUGAGCAAUAAGUUAAAUGUAUUUAGCGUUCAUAAUCAGGUUAAUGGGUAAGUAAUAGUUGUUAAGUUUAAUUCAAUGUGGUUAAUAAUAAGAGAAAUGUAAAGUGUGUUUGUUCUACUCCUACAGCAACAUCGAUUUUAGCUGAUGCUGAAGCUCUUUUAAACAACUAAAAUCUUUAAAAUAUAUUCAGUGAAGGUGGUAUUUAAAACAUUUCAAAAUUAAAUGAUUGGUAUGAUUAUGUAGCAAUUUGGACAAUGCUAGGUUUGAACAUAAUCUUAAUUUUUAUGCUCCAUUUUGUGAAUACUAUAGAUAAAAAAGAUUUUCAAACAAUUUAACAAUUUUAGGUAGUCAAUACUGAGACAUACAUAGACACAGAAAAGUAAAAUUAAAAUAGAGAUUAAAGGAGAGGAGUUUUCAUUAUGAUUAAAGCCAAAAAUAUAUCAGAAUACAGCAACCUAUUUGAAGAUAUUACAAGCUUACAAAAGUUAGAAAAUAAACUAGAAACCUAAUAGCUAUUAAAAGAAAAGUCUGAAUCGCAGCUUAUUCUUUAGAACUAGUAAACAAAUCUUAAAAUAGAGCUUAUUUAAAAAUAGACAAGCUUAGAGCAAGAUAAGUAAAAUAAUGAUUUAUUUUAGAAGAAAUAAGCAGACUCAAAAGAAGGAUUAAAUGAAACAUAAAAAGACAAGGAAUAAAAGUUAAAUGGAGAGCAUGAAAUUUAAACAGAUAGAGAAAUAAACUUGUAAAACUAAAAAAAUAACAAUAAACAGCAAAGUUAUAGUUAAGAAUAAAACUAACCAAAUAGCUUUAAGGUCUUAUCAACUGUUGCUAUUUUACCCAAAGAAAAUUAAAAUACAACAUAAAAAAUAUAACCUGAUGAGGAAAAUAUGAAAAACUUAACUGAUCAAUAAAAUGAAGAAGAGAGAUUUAGUGUAAAUAAUGAUGAAUAGACAGAAAAGAGUAAAAUAAACAAGAAACCUUCUAAGAAAAAUUCUAGUAAAGUAUUCCCAGUAACCUCAAAGAAUGAAGUUUAAGAGAAAUAGCAAGAAGGUGAUAUUGAAGAUAAAAAAGAAGAUUUGAAAGCUUUAAAAGAGUAAGAAUAAAAGAAAAAAGAAAUAGUAGCAAAAGAAAAAUUUAAAGAAUAUUUAUAGCUAGAGAAAUUUAAGUUUGGUGUAUUUGCUUUCCAUUAGCUAUUUUCUAUUUUUACAGUUUACAAUGAAGACCAAUCUAGAAUAUUUAGGUUCGUGAUUUUCUACAAUAAACUAGUUUGGCUAUUAACUCUAAAUUCGAUAUUUGGCAAGAAUUUAAGUGUAGUUCAAGUUAUUAUCUUAAGUAUUGUUACAACUAUUGUCCUGCAAAUAGUAACCAAUAUUGUUGAAAUACUUCUGAGAUAUAAAAAACUUAGAAAACUUGGAUUAUUAGUAGUGUCUUUAUUCUGUCUUUUCUGCUAUUAUAGUAUUCUUGUAGUUAUUGCAGGAGAAUCUGCAUACGAAUCUAAUCUCUGGAUUAUCUCAUACUUUGCCACUUUAAUUGUUAAUGAAUUAAUAUUGGGAAUCCUCAUUAGCGCUGUAAUGUUUUACUUGUGUAGAAGAUUUAUAAAAUAAAUCAAAAAUAACAUGAUUUUAGAACUUCUUGGAGCAGGAGUAUUAUUAUAAGCUUUUAGCAAAAAUUGA